AUUCAAGGCAUACUUGCGAUGGCGGAACUUCCCUAAGACAGUGCGUGACAGCAAAGCGCAUCUGCCAUCAGAAACGGCUGCAUGCCCCGGUGUGACAGCUGCCUUCCUGCAGGUGCUGGCUGGCCUGCAGGAUGCUGAAACAGUCAGAUCUGGUCACACCCGGAACAUCUUUAAGGUGAGGCCAAGACGCUGGGAAGCACCCAUCUUUCACCACUGUCACAAACGCAGCUUGAUGCGCCCUCAACAGAAGGCGCAUCCCUCACACAAGGCUCGCCGCCGAUGGCAUGUUACCACAACAG